AUGCAAUCUGCCAUAAACAAGAUCCAGGCCUUCCUCGAGAACCAAGAUCUUUCGAUUUCCGGUCACAAGGCAGCAGCCAUGGUCUUCCCAGGAAGGAACCGCCGGUUGCGGGAGGUCAAGCUCCAACUGGACUCCCAGCCCCUGCGCCUUGUAUCAAAGCACCGCUUUCUCGGCAUUACUCUUCAGAACCGCUGCAAGUGGCACGACCAGAUAAAGGCCGUCACGGCUUCCACCAUCUCUUCCCGGAACGCUGUGCGCCGGGUCGGAGGGCAGAACUGGGGCAACUCUCCCCGAUCCAUGCUGACCCUUCAUUCUUCUUUGGUGGUGAGCCGACUCAUGUAUAGCUUACCAUACAUGGACCUCCUCCCCAGUCAGGCCGACAAACUCGAACGGCUACACCGUGCGGGCCUGAGAACAUCGCUAGGCGUUCCCAGAAGCGCCAAAAACCAGAGGGUGUAUGAGGAGGCCCGGUCGCUUCCUCUGCACCUCCAAGCCUCCCAACGCCUUUUGCUGCAAGUCAUUCGUCUAGGGGAGACUCAUCCUGGCCAGUCCCUGAUCAAGAGGCUCAGGACCCGAACACAAUCCAAAUUCAGCCUCGCCACCAAGACCCUUGCCGCACUUGGAUGGGAACCCCCCCAGAUAAUCAACCCGCACGGCACGACACCCCCUUGGGAGGCAGGCCUGCAGUUAGCCGAACUCCUACCCGGCGUCCGCAAGAAGGCCAACACGCCCCCUCUGGUUCUCAAAGCAGCUGCACAAGAACAGCUAGCAGCAAGGUACCCUCGGCAUCUACACAUAUACACGGACGGUUCGGUGGACAGGUUUCGGCAAAGCAGCACGGCAGCCUACCACAUCCCGGACUUACAAAAAGACUGGAGCGCCCGCACUACUCACAUGGUGUCGUCCACGACCGCCGAGCUGCUGGCGAUCGCGGAAGCCCUGACUGCGACGAAGUCGCUGCCUCCACAACAAAUCGUUGUCCUCACGGACUCACGUGGAGGAAUUCAGCGCAUACGCAAACCUGGUCCAUGCCCCACUGCCAACGAGGUGAGACGGGUUGUCCGCCAGCUUGAAGAACAUGGACACUCCAUCUCGCUACAGUGGGUCCCAUCCCAUGUGGGCCUCCGCGGAAACGAGAUCGUGGACUGCUUAGCCUUACGUGCCCACGACCUCUCUCCUACACUAAGGGCGCCUUCUGAUCCCAAGCGCUACCAGCAAGCCAUCCAGGCUUUCUUCUUGGAUCUUUCCCCCUGGAGCAGCUCAAAGCGGCCACCUUGCCUGACCCAGGGGUUAAAACGGUCCGACGCGACGCUGCUCUUCCGACCUAGAACAGGGAGCGCAUACACAGGGAGGCUCCUCACCGGUUUGGACGCAGAGACACUCCGCUCUGUCAGCGGUGUGCGGUCACCGAGGACGAGGUUCACAUAG